GAGAACAACGGGCUCAUUCAGUGGUCGGGAGCUGCCCGCGAGGGGGAGCGGCCGGCCGGAGAGCGCGACUCGUCCCGGGGGUGGGGCCGGGGCCGGGCGCGGCGGCGAGAAGAGACCGGGGCGGCCGCGGCGGCAGCGGCGGCGCUGCAACCUCGAACCCGGGCCGGAGCGCAGGGCGGCCGCGCGGCUUCCCCCUCCCGCUCCCGGCGCGCCGGCCCAUGGCGGCCGCGGGGCGGCUGUGGCUGCUCUACCUGUCGGCCGGGCUCCUGCCGCGGCUCGGCGGCGCUUUCAACCUGGACGCCCGCGAGGACAAUGUGAUCGAGAAAACCGGGGACCCCGGGAGCCUCUUCGGCUUCUCGCUGGCCAUGCACUGGCAGCUGCAGCCCGAGGACAAGCGGCUGUUGCUCGUGGGGGCCCCACGGGCAGUGGCCCUUCCGCUGCAGAAGGCCAACAGAACAGGAGGCUUGUACAGCUGCGACAUCACCUCCCGGGGGCCGUGCACACGCAUUGAAUUUGAUAACGACGCUGACCCUUCGUCAGAAAGCAAGGAAGAUCAGUGGAUGGGAGUCACUGUCGAGAGCCAGGGUCCAGGGGGCAAAGUUGUGACGUGUGCUCAUCGAUAUGAAAAAAGGCAGCAUGUUAAUACAAAGCAGGAAUCUCGAGACAUCUUUGGAAGAUGUUACGUCCUAAGUCAGAAUCUCAGGAUUGAAGAUGAUAUGGAUGGAGGAGACUGGAGUUUUUGUGAUGGCCGAUUAAGAGGUCAUGAAAAAUUCGGUUCUUGCCAGCAAGGUGUAGCAGCUACUUUUACUAAAGACUUUCAUUACAUUGCGUUUGGAGCCCCAGGCACUUAUAACUGGAAAGGGAUCGUUCGCGUAGAGCAAAAGAAUAACACUUUUUUUGACAUGAACAUCUUUGAAGAUGGGCCUUAUGAAGUUGGUGGAGAGACUGACCAUGAUGAGAGUCUAGUUCCUGUUCCUGCUAACAGUUAUUUAGGCUUUUCUUUGGACUCAGGGAAAGGGAUUGUUUCCAAAGAUGAGAUUACUUUUGUAUCUGGUGCUCCUAGAGCCAAUCACAGUGGAGCUGUGGUUUUGCUUAAAAGAGACCUGAAGUCUACACACCUUCUCCCUGAGCACAUAUUUGAUGGGGAAGGGCUGGCUUCUUCAUUUGGCUAUGACGUGGCAGUGGUGGACCUUAACAAAGAUGGGUGGCAAGAUAUAGUUAUUGGAGCCCCACAGUAUUUUGACAGAAGUGGAGAAGUUGGAGGUGCAGCAUAUGUCUACAUUAACCAGCAAGGCAGAUGGAAUAACGUCAGGCCAAUUCGUCUUAAUGGAACCAAAGAUUCCAUGUUUGGCAUCGCGGUCAAAAAUAUUGGCGAUGUUAAUCAAGAUGGCUACCCAGAUAUUGCAGUUGGAGCACCCUACGAUGGUAAGGGGAAGGUUUUUAUCUAUCAUGGAUCUGCGAACGGAAUAAAUACCAAACCAACACAGGUUCUCGAGGGUAAAUCACCUUUUUUUGGAUAUUCAAUUGCUGGGAACAUGGACCUUGACAGAAAUUCCUACCCUGAUGUUGCUGUUGGUUCCCUCUCAGAUUCAGUAACUAUUUUCAGAUCCCGGCCUGUGAUUAAUAUUCAGCAAACCAUCACAGUUACACCCAGCAGAAUUGAUCUCCGUCAGAAAAUGCCCUGUGGGGCGCCCAGUGGGAUAUGCCUCAAGGUUAAGGCCUGUUUUGAGUAUACUGCCAAACCCACUGGUUAUAAUCCUUCAAUAACGGUUGUGGGCACACUGGAGGCUGAAAAGGAAAGAAGAAAAUCGGGGCUUUCAUCAAGAGUUCAGUUUCGAAACCAAGGUUCUGAGCCCAAGUAUACGCAAGAGCUCACUCUGAACAGACAGAAGCAGAAGGCGUGCAUGGAGGAAACCCUGUGGCUCCAGGAAAAUAUCAGAGAUAAACUGCGUCCCAUUCCCAUAAUGGCUUCAGUAGAGAUCCAAGAGCCAAGCACUCGGAGGCGAGUGAAUUCGCUUCCAGAAGUUCUUCCAAUCCUGAAUUCAAAUGAACCCAAGUCUGUUCAUACAGAUGUGCACUUCUUAAAAGAGGGAUGUGGAGACGACAAUGUAUGUAACAGCAACCUUAAGCUGGAAUAUAAAUUUUGUACCCGAGAAGGAAAUCAAGACAAGUUUUCGUAUUUACCAAUUCAAAAAGGUGUACCAGAACUAGUUCUAAAAGAUCAGAAGGACAUUGCCUUAGAAAUAACAGUGACCAACAGCCCUUCCAACCCAAAGAAUCCCACCAAAGAUGGUGACGACGCUCACGAAGCCAAGCUCAUUGCUACUUUUCCGGACACGUUGACUUACUCUGCGUAUAGAGAGCUUAGGGCUUUCCCUGAGAAACAGUUGAGUUGUGUUGCAAACCAGAAUGGCUCACAAGCAGACUGCGAGCUGGGGAAUCCUUUUAAAAGAAAUUCCAGUGUUACUUUUUAUUUGAUUUUAAGUACAACUGAGGUCACCUUUGACACCACAGAUCUGGAUAUUAAUCUGAAGUUGGAAACAACGAGCAGUCAAGAUAAUUUGGCUUCAAUUACAGCUACAGCAAAAGUGGUUAUUGAACUGCUUUUAUCGGUCUCUGGAGUUGCUAAACCUUCCCAGGUGUAUUUUGGAGGUACAGUCAUUGGUGAGCAAGCUAUGAAAUCUGAAGAGGAAGUGGGAAGUUUAAUUGAAUAUGAGUUCAGGGUAAUUAACUUAGGCAAACCUCUUAAAAACCUCGGCACAGCAACCUUGAAUAUCCAGUGGCCAAAAGAAAUUAGCAAUGGCAAAUGGUUGCUUUAUUUGGUGAAAGUAGAAUCCAAAGGACUGGAAAAGAUAGCUUGUCAGCCACAAAAUGAAAUAAACUUCCUGAAACUAAAGGAGGCUCACAACUCAAGAAGGAAACGAGAAAUUGCCGAAAGACAGACAGACGAAGGCAGAAAAUUUUCUUUAUUUGCUGGAAGAAAAUACCAGACCCUUAACUGCAGCGUGAACGUGAACUGUGUGAACAUCAAGUGCCCGCUGCGAGGGCUGGACAGCAAGGCGUCCGUGGUUCUGCGCUCCAGGCUCUGGAACAGCACGUUUCUGGAGGAGUACUCCAAGAUGAACUACUUGGACAUUCUCGUGCGGGCUUCCAUUGAUGUCACUGCUGCCACUGAGAAUAUCAAGCUGCCCAACGCAGGCACUCAGGUUCGUGUGACUGUGUUUCCCUCAAAGACUGUAGCUCAAUAUUCAGGAGUACCUUGGUGGAUCAUCCUAGUGGCUAUUCUUGCUGGGAUUUUGAUGCUUGCUCUAUUAGUAUUUUUACUAUGGAAGUGUGGUUUCUUCAAGAGAAAUAAGAAAGAUCAUUAUGAUGCCACAUAUCACAAGGCUGAGAUCCAUGCUCAGCCGUCUGAUAAAGAGAGGCUUACUUCUGAUGCAUAGUAUUGAUCUACUUCUGUAAUUGUGUGGAUUCUUUAAACGCUCUAGGUACGAUGAUAGCGUUCCCAGAUACCAUGCUGUAAGGAUCCGGAAAGAGGAGCGAGAGAUCCCAGAUGAAAAAUAUAAUGAUAAUGUUGAAAAAAAACAGUGGAUCACAAGGUGGAAUGAAAAUGAAAGCUACUCCUAGGGAGGCCGAGAAGGCUUCACAGUACUCAAACUGCUUCUUUUCCCCCCCAACCCAGAAAUUCAAAUGGAUCGAAAAGCCUGUUCAAUACAUGAAUAUUGAUUUCAGACGGACUCCACACAGUACACGCGUACAGUUUUCACUGUGGACAUUGUUACGUAGCCUGAGGCUCCUGUUCUGCACGGCCAAAUUUGAAGGCUGUUGGAGUGGAUUUUUCUUUAACUGCCUUAAUUUAACGUUCCGGGUUGCCUUUGUUUUUGGUGUGACUGACUUACCUGUGCUGGGGAAGGACCUGUUCGGUUACUCUCAUGCGAUAUCCUCCUGAUGGUGUAGCUGGAAGAAGGCACCACAGUCACUGCACCAACGGAGUGACCAUCCUGACCUCGGCACCACCUCUGCAACUGUUCUUCUCGUAGGACUACAGAACCUGCAAGUUCACUGCCCUGCAUCACAAGACUAUGCCAUCAGGGUAGCUGUGUUCAAUUUAAGUGCUCCCGUAAAUUAAAUGUGCAAUAGAAGGUGAUGUUGCCAUCCUGCUAUCUUUUUCCAUUUCCUAGAUGUGUGAAUACCUGCUCACGCCAAAUACACAUAGGUUUAAUUCCCCUUUCACUAAAACACACAGGUGUAACAGAUUUGAAUGCUAGUUAUACUUAUUUGUAUAUGGUAUUUAUUUUUUUUUUUUUUUACAAACCAUUUUGUUAUUGACUAAACAGGCCAAAGAUUCUCCAGUUCACCCUUCAGGUUGGAUUAAGCAAUCAGAAUUAGAACACGAGAGGUCAUUGGCUGAAGCUAAAUUAUUGACUGCCUAAAGAAAAUAGUAAGUCUCUAUAAAUGUACCAGAGUUGCUAUACUUUACAGAUAAGUUUAAGUUAUUAAAACAUCUCCCUUCAAGACAGCCCUCACCCCCUCCCUCCAGACCCAAAACAUUUAAGAAAUAGGAUUUAACUGUAAGAUGUUUAAUUCUUAAAGACAGAUAUUUUUUAGUUUAGAGCCCUGUGUGAAAUUUCUGAAUUUCAUGCUAUAACUUUCAGGAACUCUUGGAGAUAAUGGGAUUGUUUGCUGGACUUUAGUGCAGCUUAGUCACUGCUAAAAAUACUGUAUAUUCAAGACUUGAAAGAAAUGGUGAGUGCCUAUGGUGGACCCAAACCGAUCCAGCGUAAGACUACUGAAUACCUGAUACCGAAAGUCAGAACAUCAUGGCUUUGAAGUUUUUAAAUAUUAUUGGAGUCUUAAUCAGUGAGUUGAUGUUCUGUUUUUUGCUUUAUUUUCUCUUGUCUGUAUCCCCCAAAAUACUUUGACUACUUUAAAAAGAACUUUAAACUGUUUAAUUUUAAAGAUGAAGGGGAGGGAGGAGGAAGAUAUUAUAUACAUUCAAUAGAGAUUGCAUAGAUAUGAAAACUAAAUUUUAAAGAAGUUACUAUACUUUAAAAUGUUAAGUUAUAUGAGGCGCAACACCAAACAGGUGCUAAUUUGUUUGGCUGUAGUGUAGGUAGCACCUCAGAAUCUUUUAAAAGAACAAAAUACAGCUAUGUGUGCCAUUGUUGCUUUGGAGUUUUACUUUUUUUUCUUUUCAGAAAUCUUAUGCCCUGAAGAUGCUAGUUAUACUUUGGAAUUUUCAAAACAAAAAGUUUUACAGACAAUAUUUUGUUGACAAAAAUUUCUCUAAAACAGGUCAUAACAGUGUUUAAAAUCUCAGUUUCUUGCUUAGGUAACUUGGAACCUAGUGCACUGGCUCCUAGGUUGCUGAGAAGCUGAUAUUUUGAAAGUGUUUAUAGACCUUUGUUAUAAAAAUGAAUGUCCUAAAAGGGGGGGGGGGGUGCAAGGGUGGUUCAAAAACAAAAGAAACAAGAAUGUAGUGGUGUUUAAAUUUAUAGUUGUUACAAAUGUCAUCUCAAGUCAAGCCACUGGUCUGUCUGCAUUUGAUACAUUUUUAUACUAACUAGCAUUGUAAAAUUAUUUCAUGAUUCGAAAAUACCUGUGGAUAUUUGUAUAAAAGUGUGAAAUAAAUUUUUUUAUGAAAGUAUUCCUUGCUUAGUAAC